GCCCGGCGCGCUGACGUGCUCUCUAUGCUCCGGGAGGGCAGAGUGGCUCCGCCGUUGCCAUGGCUUCUGAGGCCCGCUGCUGGAGGGAGCCAGCUCGCUUAGGCGUCUGCUAGCUUCCGAGGCGCCGCGGACCCGGAAAUCGGAAGGGAUCCGGCGCGGUGGGUUUGGGGAGCCUGGUACCCCGGAACUCCAGAGAGCGGCGGGGAGCAGGGGCAGCGUUUUCUUCCCGAAUUGCUGAGUAUAGCGCAUCUCCACUCCCACUGCUCUGAUGGCUGCAUGGUGUAGACCAGUCGUUCUCAGAGUGUGGCCCCCCAGACCAGCAACAUCACCAUCAACGGAGAACAUGUUAGAAAGGCACAUCCUUGGACCCCACCUCAAACGGGCUGAGUUAGAAACUGGGAGUGAGGCCCAGCAAUCUGUUUUAACAAGUCCUGCAGGGAGCAGCCAGCAGUGUGGAAGAAUGGCCGUCAGCCACUCAGUGAAGGAGCGGACCAUCUCAGAGAACAGCCUGAUCAUCCUGCUGCAGGGCCUCCAGGGCCAGGUAACCACUGUGGACCUGCGGGAUGAGAGCGUGGCCCGGGGACGCAUAGACAAUGUUGAUGCUUUCAUGAACAUCCGCCUGGCCAACGUCACCUACACAGACCGCUGGGGGCAUCAGGUCGAGCUGGAUGACCUCUUUGUGACGGGCCGUAACGUCCGUUACGUCCACAUCCCAGAUGAUGUGAACAUCACCGCUACCAUUGAGCAGCAGCUGCAGGUCAUCCAUCGGGUGCGCAACUUUGGCGGCAAGGGCCAAGGCCGGCGGGAAUUUCCCUCCAAAAAGUAUAAAUGAGCCUGUCCCAUGAGCAAGCUCCAGUCCCCACUCAGGUUCCUCCAGCGUUCUACUGAGCCAACUGUCUGCCGUCCUUCGCUGCCCAGAACCUGGGAAGGGAUGGGGCCCAGCCCAGAACUGAUGUCUCUGACAGACACCACCUGUCACAGCUGCCUUUCAUAGGGUUCUACUUCCCAGACUCACCCUGGGACUCAGAAUCCUAUUUUUCUGACUGCGGCCUUGGGGUAGGUGAAAAUCCUCCCUUUUGAUCAUUUGUAUCUGAAUCUUUUGAUAUACUGGUUUAGAGAAUCUCUCAAAGAGUCUUCAACCCUCUCCCAGUGAGUGUUAUUAAAUGUGCUCAGCCUGAGCCACCCCUAAGUGUCCCGGUUUCUCUUGUAAUUGUGUUUGUUUUCUCAUAAAACUAAAUUUGGAUACAAA